GGGCUGCCUGCGGCGCGCCAAGCGCGGCUCCGCCGCCGCCUCCGCCGCUCCUGCUUCCACUUGACGAGGAAGACGGGGGAAGGACGGCGCGGGGCGCGUGGGAGCGCUGGGUCGGAAGCGGCGGGAGGAGACAGGGUAUGCUAUGACGGGCUGCAGGCUGCCUCUUGGUGCUUUUAGAAGUCUAAAUGCAUGGCUUGGACUCUUGGAGAAAUCUCCUUAUAAAAUCUGCACACCUUGGAGGAGGUUUCUUAGUUUUGCAAGCCAACAGCCAGUAACAGCAAUUGCCCCCAGACAUCUCUGCAUUUCUCCCAUUAAAUGUCCUGUAUUUUUAAUACCUUUGCCCCCAAACAUGCCAAAGAUUUCUAUAAGACUCAAGAGCAACAAAAGCUCUCGAAAGAACAUGAGAAGAGCUGUACAAGAGGACACUGAAGAUGAGGAAGAGGAGGAAGAGAAAAGCGAUUCAGAAGAUGAGGAGGAAGAGGAUUCUGCCGUACUGAAAAAUUACAAAGAUCUUGACAAAGUAGUACAGUCUUUCCGGUUUGAUGUAAUAAUGAAAGCAGGUCUAGACAUUGCAAGAAACAAAAUCGAAGAUGCAUUCUACAAUGGUGAGCUCAGGCUGAAUGGAGAGAAACUAUGGAAGAAAAGCAGAUCGGUAAAAGUUGGUGACACGCUGGAUUUCAUCAUUGGAGAGGAUAAAGAAACAGAAUCUGCUGUAGUUAUGAGAGUUGUCUUAAGGAAAGCUUCAGAGAAGAAUGACGAUGAUAAAUACAAAGUGGUGUUGAGGCGCUGGAGAAACUUAAAAGUGCCCAAACAAGAUGUCUUUAAGUGAACCGGGAUUUGCACAUGGUAGUUUCUUUAUAAGCAAUUUCAUUUGUUACACAAUUGAUGAAUUUUGCUGUAACAAAAUUAUUGCACUCUUUAAAAAAACAAUUAUUUAAAUGGGUAUGGGAUGGCAUGCCACUCUCCUUACUAUAAACAUCACUUUUAUUUCUGUGACUGUCAGUUUGUUGCUUUUUCAUACUAAGGGGAGAAACAAUAUUUCUAUGAGAAGAACAAACAAAGGAAUAAAAGGGCAGGCUAAUCUUAAACUAACUCUGCUCUUUUUUGGAUAGCAUGGUUGAGAUCCUAGAGCUGAAAAAACUCCUUGCUUUUUUAUUCCUGUGUAUGUGGUGAUAUCAGUAGCCAGUCACUUCAAAAAGCUGUCUUGUAAAGACAAAAUACCUGGUAGACUGACAGUGCAGGUUUCUAUUGCUAGGGAUAGUGACUGAAUUAACGGCAGUUUCUGGUUGUUCUCCUCUUGUAACUUGUGAGGUCCCUGUGUGAGACGUAGUUGACUCUGCUGGACACUGUGUUUGCACUUCCAAAGCAGAGUUCCUUUACUCAUAGAAUAUGGUGGUGAAAGCAGAAGGAUUUCCUGCUGUUUGAAUCAUUUAUCUCAGGAACUCAUUACAGUGUUUGGCUUAGUAGCAAGCUGUUAGAAAUCUAGUCAUAUACAUCACCCCACAUGAAAGUCCUGUGUCUGCUCCUGUGGGAGCAUAGAACUCUGGAAUACUUAGUUUGCCCUAUUCAUUUCAACACAGUCGGUGGCUCUGCAUAGGUAUCCUUUAUAUGCACAGAGCAGUUGUCACCACGGAAGUAAAUACAGCAAUUCAGAUGCACGUUGGUACAACCAAGAGUCUAUGUCACGGGCUACAUGUCCAUGAAUUUUGGUGUAUAUUAGUUUUGUGCUACCAAGUGCAAAAUGUCUACAUUUUGGUACAGGCAGCUUAAGAUCUUACAUUUCAGUGUUGUGAAUACAGAUGUUUGCUUGUGGAACACAACUCUUACUCUCUUUGACAGACUUAUGUGUUGCUCCUCAAAUCUGCUGUGGAGGGUUCCUCAGAUCUAGAGCUGAGUUUGGGAAGGGUGCAGGAAGAAUCAAUCCUUUUCUGCUCCACUGAUGGACGACAUCCACUGGAAUAGGGACAUUAGUUUGCAUUCACCCUUAUUGUUCCCAUUUAUUAAUUUGGACAUGCAGCUUUAGUAAACAUCUGUAGAAAUUAGUUUACUUCCAUAAACAGUGUAGGUUUAGCAACCAGUUAAGGAAGUGCUAGAUCAUAAGGCCAAUUAUGUGAAAAGAUAAUGGUCUUAUCUCCUAAACCGGUGUGAUAUAGGAAAGCAAAAUAAAGGCUUUUCCAAGUUAAAGGUAAGUAUUGCUUUUUCACCCUGGGAAUUUUUUUUCUUUAAUAUUAUUAUAACCUUUGUCAAUACAAUGUUGUGGAUGCCUUCAAAUGACAUUUAUCGCCAUGUGAAAAUUCCUGAUGUUUAAUACUAGCUUAAUAAAGCCCAACAAAAUUUAA